UAUAUAUGAUGGUCACAUCUCAAAGCUCUGUAUAUCAUAAUACAAAUUCUCUAAUAGCAAAAUGAUGAUUCGUAUAAUGUUUUUUCUCUUCUUUGCUAGCCAAGUGUUGGUUUAUUUCAUUCCGACAACUACAUUUGCUCUUUCUUUGAGUUCAAACACCGAUAAGUUAGCUUUACUUUCUUUGAAGGAAAAACUUACAAAUGGGGUGCCUAAUUCUCUACCAUCAUGGAAUCAUUCUUUGGAUUUCUGUGAAUGGCAGGGAGUCACAUGUGGUCGUCGUCACAAGAGAGUCUCUGUCUUGCAUUUGGAGAACCAAACAUGGGGUGGCACUCUUGCUCCAUCCUUAGGAAAUCUAACAUUUCUUAGAUUUCUCACACUUUCCAACAUCGAUUUGCAUGGUGAAAUUCCUGCUCAGAUUGGUCGUUUGAAGCGCUUGGAAGCUCUUGACUUAAGAAAUAACAAACUUCAAGGAGAGAUUCCUAAAGAGCUUACUAACUGCACAAGUAUCAAAGUAUUAGAGUUGCUGAUAAAUCGGUUUACCGGAAGAGUUCCCACGUGGUUUGAAUCAAUGAAACAACUUACUACCUUGGUUCUUGAAAACAAUAAUCUAUUUGGUACAAUUCCAUCUUCACUCCAAAAUAUUUCAUCACUCCAAAUGAUAUCUCUUACAGAAAAUCACUUGAAAGGAACCAUACCUUAUUCUUUGGGUAAGUUGUCAAGUUUGACAUAUCUGACUCUAGCUUUAAAUAAUUUGUCUGGUGAAAUUCCUCUUUCUCUUUACAACCUAUCCAAUAUUCAAACUUUUGAUAUUGGGAAUAACAAAUUGUUUGGUAGUCUUCCAUCAAACAUAGAUCUUGUUUUCCCCAAACUUGUUAACUUCUUAGUAGGACAAAAUCAUAUAACAGGAACUUUUCCCAACUCAAUAUCCAACCUCACCAAUUUGAAAAUUUUUGAUAUAGGAACAAAUUCUUUUAAUGGGUCAAUACCUCUUACUUUAGGUAGAUUAAAUAAACUUAAGCUUUUUAAUAUUGAGAAUAAUAAUUUCGGGAGUGAAGGAGCUCGCGAUUUAGAUUUCCUUUCUGUGUUAACCAACUGUUCUCAACUGUAUAAGAUCAGUCUUUUGAACAAUAAAUUUGGUGGUAAGUUGUCUAACCAUAUAGGAAAUUUUUCCGCCAAUCUCAGAUCUUUUAAUCUAAGAGCUAAUCAGAUAUAUGGAGUGAUACCUGAAAGUAUUGGACAACGAAUUGGUUUAACAUACUUAGACAUUGGAACCAAUUCUCUUGAAGGAUCAAUUCCAUAUUCAAUUGGAAAGCUUAAGAAUCUUGUAAGAUUGGAGUUGCAAGAAAACAAAUUAUCUGAUAGCAUUCCUUUAAGUAUUGGAAAUCUUACUAUUUUGUCUGAAUUAUAUCUUUCGGACAAUAAAUUGGAAGGAAGUGUUCCAUUUUCUCUAAGAUAUUGCACCCAAUUGUUGAUCUUAAGUAUUGCUAUAAAUAAAUUGAGUGGUGAUUUACCAAAACAAACAUUUAGAUAUCUAGAUGGUGUAAUAUAUAUUUACUUGAGCAACAACUCUUUGACUGGUCCCAUUCCUUCAGAGUUUGGUAAUUUGAAGCAUCUUUCACAUUUGUAUCUACACUCAAAUAAUCUGUUUGGUGAAAUUCCAAUGGAUCUUGCUUCUUGUUUGACAUUAACAAGGCUGGUGUUGUGGGGAAACUUUUUUCAUGGAAAAAUACCUCAGUUCUUGGGCUCUUUAAAAUCCCUUGAAAUAUUAGAUAUUUCUAAUAACAAUUUCUCAAACACAAUCCCCUUUGAACUAGAAAACCUUAUCUUUUUGAAUAAGUUAGAUAUAUCUUUUAACGAUCUAUAUGGUGAGGUUCCCAUAGGUGGUGUCUUUAGAAAUGUCACAGCAAUUUCAUUAAUUGGAAACAAGAACCUUUGUGGAGGGAUACCUCAAUUGAAGCUUCCAAGAUGUGUUGGGGAUUCCUCCAAGACACACAAACAAUCUCUAAAAAGGAAACUUAUCAUCAUCAGUGUAAUUGGCGGGGUUUUGAUCUCGUUCGUAGCUUUUAUAACUGUCCAUUUUCUCACGAGAAAGUCCAAAAAGUUACCUUCUUCACCAUCUCUUCAAAAUAGGGCACUAGGAGUUACUUACGGAGAGUUACAUGAAGCAACCAAUGGAUUUUCUUUAUCCAAUUUGGCAGGGACGGGAAGUUUUGGAUCUGUUUUUAAAGGAUCUCUCCCCAACUUUGAAAGACCUAUUGCUGUAAAGGUGUUGAAUCUUGAAACGCGUGGGGCAGCAAAGAGUUUUGUGGCAGAAUGCAAUGCUUUAGGAAAGAUGAAACACCGGAAUCUUGUGAAGAUCUUAACUUGUUGUUCAAGUGUUGAUUACAAGGGUGAAGAUUUCAAGGCUAUUGUUUUUGAGUUCAUGCCUGAAGGGAGUCUUGAAAAUGUGUUGCAUAAUAAUGAAGGGUCUGAAAAUGAAAAUCAUAGUCUCAUCCUCUCAAAAAGGGUAGACAUUGCUCUUGAUGUAGCUCAUGCUUUGGAUUAUCUUCACCAUGAUGAAGACCAAGUUGUAGUUCAUUGUGAUAUUAAACCAAGCAAUGUUCUUCUUGAUGAAGAUAUGGUAGCUCACUUGGGAGACUUUGGCUUAGCUAGGCUCAUUCAUGGAUCAACAAGACAUUCAAGUAAAGAUCAAGUUGACUCCUCAACAAUUAAAGGAACAAUAGGAUAUCUUCCUCCUGAGUAUGGAGCUGGUGGUCCAGUAACACCAGAGGGAGAUAUCUACAGCUAUGGGAUUCUGUUGUUGGAAAUGCUUACUGGAAAGAGACCAACAGAUAACAUGUUUUAUGAGAAUCUUAGUCUACACAAGUUGUGUAAGAUGAAAAUUCCUGAAGAAAUUCUUGACAUUGUAGAUUCAAGUAUGGUUAUGCCAACUGUUGAAGAUCAGACAUGGAUUGUAGAAAAUAACAUAAAAGAGUGUCUAGUGAUGUUUGCUACAAUAGGAGUUGCAUGUUCUGAAGAAUUUCUCGCUACUGAAGUUGCUUGAAAUUAAACAGAAGUUGUCCCGCUAGACAUUGUUACUACUAUGAUAAAAUGAAAUAAUGGUGUUCAGCUGGAUCAAGAUUGCCAAGUCUUGGAUUCCUCAUGAGUGUUUCUUUACUGUGAUAUUUUGUAUCGCGCUGAAUUCCUAUAAGAAUUUGUGUUGUUUGUAAUUACAAUAUAUUAUACGUGUGGUACUGUUUGAAAAUGUUAUACAUUGGAUAAUUCAAUAA